AUGGAGGCCCUUCCUCUCCCCUCUGCCUUGAAAGCCCAACCUACCUUUUACACCAUCAUCAUCAAAAUCACAAUCAUGAAGGACAAUCAUGAUCUAGGCAAUAUUUUAAGGCAAUUCCCUAUUACAAGGAGACCAAAUUUUAUAGAUACUAGGUACGAAGGGAUGGGGUGGGAUGAGGGAGGAGAUCUGUUACUUAAGACAGUGAAGGGGUGGCGAGGUGUGGAGAAGACGGUGUUGCUGGUUUUUUAA